GUUUUGGAGAUUAAGACUGAUAAGGAAUUCCAUCGACACUACAUGUUUUAUUUUCCCUGUUUAAGUGGUGUUCGAUAAACACCACUGACUAAAAUAACCCAGACUGUCUGCAAAUAAAAGCAAUGUAAACUGUAUCACGUAGCAAAUUGAAAGAGCUUGCUUACGAUCACACUUUUUCUCCCAGGGUUCUUUUUAUUUUUUCCAUCUAUUAUAAUGGGUCGCAUUACAAUCAGCUGUUAUCGUCUGUUUUCAUCAUCAUAUCAUGUCACUUCACUCAAAGGGCUUUUUAUUAAACAAACCAACCAAGGAAAAAUGAGGCUGAUAAGGAAAAAGUUGCCCCUUCACCUCCUGAUACAAAACACGUAACUAGUCACCAGGACCUCCCAGCUUUUCAGACAAAGUCAAAGACAAGCACGCAGACAAAAAGAUUUGCACCUCAUAAAAUAUACAGAAACAAGUGAUGGAUAGAGAGCUUGAAAGUGCUGAGCAAAUGCAGAUAGAUGAGCCAAAAGAGAUUGAUGAGAGACCAAAAUGGGACAAUAAAGUUCAGUAUUUGCUAACUUGCAUAGGUUUUGCCGUGGGACUCGGUAAUGUGUGGAGAUUUCCAUAUUUGUGUCAAGUCUACGGUGGAGGGGCUUUCCUGAUUCCUUAUGCCAUUGCCUUGGUGUUUGAGGGACUUCCUCUGCUGCAUAUGGAAUUGGCCAUCGGACAACGGCUCCGCAUGGGAAGUGUGGGCGUGUGGAAUUCAAUUUCCCCAUAUAUGGGGGGUUUAGGUGUGGCUUCCAUGAUCGUAUCCUUCCUAGUUGGCCUGUUCUACAACAUGAUACUGGCCUGGAUCCUCUGGUACUUCUUCCACUCCUUUCAAAGUCCACUUCCCUGGAGGGACUGCCCAUUAAACUUGAACCAUACCGGCUAUGUGAGUGAAUGUGAAAAGAGCUCAUCUGUGAAUUAUUUUUGGUAUCGUGAAACACUGAACAUAACACCAAACAUCGAGACCAGCGGGACCUUACAGUGGUGGCUUGUGCUGUGUCUUGCAUCUGCUUGGUGCAUCGUGUACAUCUGCUUCAUACGUGGAAUUGAGACUAUUGGAAAGGCUAUUUAUGUCACAGCUACCUUUCCGUAUCUUGUUUUGACCAUGUUCUUGGUCAGAGCCUUGACUCUGUCUGGAGCCACCGAUGGUUUAAUAUAUCUCUUCACGCCAAAUUGGGAAACACUGAAAAAUCCUGCGGUCUGGUUGGAUGCUGCUACUCAGAUAUUUUUCUCUUUAUCUUUGGCCUUUGGGGGACUUAUUGCCUUUUCCAGUUACAAUGCUCAGAAGAAUAACUGUGAGAAAGAUGCCCUAAUUGUUGGAUGUGUGAACAGUUUUACAUCGAUAUAUGCAUCGAUUCCUAUUUUCGCAAUUCUUGGAUUUAAAGCGAAUGAAAACUACAACAACUGCAAAAACUGGAACAUACUAACAUUGACAAAUGCGUUUAACAUCGGGGAUGAAAACAUAACUCUUGAAAACUACGGUGACUGGUUAAACUAUCUCAACAACUCUAAUCCCUCAGAGGUCGAAAGCCUCAAUCUAAAGACCUGUGAUCUACAGACUUUCUUGGACCAGAGUGCCUCUGGGACCGGACUGGCCUUCAUUGUGUUUACUGAGGCGGUGAUAAAAAUGCCCGGCUCUCAGGUGUGGGCAGUGCUCUUCUUUGUCAUGCUCUUCAGCCUUGGCCUGUCCUCCAUGUUUGGAAAUCUAGAAGGGGUCCUUACUCCUCUGCUGGACCUGCAUGUGAUUCCAGCCUGGAUUCCUAAGGAAAUUUUCACAGGUUUAAUUUGCCUCGCAUCCUUUGCUGUGGCCCUCAUCUUUACUUUGGGCUCUGGAAACUACUGGCUGGAGAUUUUCAACAACUAUGUGGGCUCCAUGCCUCUGCUCAUCAUAGCAUUCUUUGAGAUCAUCAGUGUGGCAUACAUCUAUGGAAUAAACAGGUUUAAUGACGACAUUGAAUGGAUGACAGGUCAUAGACCAAACAUCUACUGGCAGGCCACUUGGCGCUUCAUCAGUCCAGUCAUGCUUCUCGUGGUUUUUGUGGCAUACGUCGUAACCUCAGCUGAACAGCAACCGACAUAUAACGCCUGGAACCCAGACUACGUGUACUUCCCCCUGGCUGAUGUUCAGCACUAUCCUGGAUGGGUUAGUGCUAUCUGUGGGCUCUUAUGUGUCCUCCCUGUUGUUUCCAUUCCUUCUGUGGCCCUCUACAAAUUCACCGGCUUCCUGAAGAAACACAUCAUGAACAUGCACAACCAAAACCCAUACGCAAAUGAACUGUAAAUGGAAAUUUGUUGCUGUUUGAUCUGAUCUGUGGUAAGAACUACCAGUGGUACAUGUCAGAUAUUUUAUCAUUUAAUAAUUUUGCAUUGUGUAUAUUCAUUUGGAAAAAAAUGGCUUUAUCGAUUAUUAUUGUUUUUAUGUUGCAAGUAUUA